AGCUUUGCUCAGAUUUGGAGAUGAAGCAUCGAGGAUGUGUACGCGUGUGUGUUUUCGGUCGCGUGCUCGCAUCAGUGAGCUAAAGGAGAAGGAAACAAAUCGCGCGUAUUGCCAUCGAUGCGUUUGAUUUGAUCUGAUUUAACAUUGCGGGAUCCAUUCUGGAGAGGAAACCAAAAAACCUGUCGGUGCGCGUUAUUUUGAAAAAAAAUAAAAUAAUCUGCAUUGCUUGCAUCCGACCGAGCGACUGCACCUCCGUCGAGACGAGGAGCGCACGAUAUCCGCGGGACGUUUCAUGUUUUUACGUUUCAUGUUUGCAAUAUAGAUAUAUAUAUUAUAUACAUAUAUAAAGGUAUAAGAAAUAUUGUGUCACAAGUGGACGCAGGGUUGAUUUGCAAUUGAGGUCACAGCUGGCGCUUCAUUGCGAUGCUUAUCAUCCAACAGCAAUGAUGCUGCGGUACGAGGGCAGUAACAUAGCAUAGACAAGGUGAUGGACAAUGUCCUGUCCGGCGGGUACACGACCCCUGCGCUCCUGGUCCUGAAUGCAGCGGAGAGAGACACCUAACCGGGUGUCACCGUCAGCCCUGGAUGCUGCGCCGAAGAAUGGGAUACGCCGACCCAUCCGCGGGUAAAGAUAUACUCGGCAAUAGGUCUCUUUGUUUCAUGUUCAUUUGCGCAUUUGGACUCGUCACGCUACUGCAACAGAUUCUCUAUGGGAAAAACUACAUUAAGAGUGCGCAACAGUUUAGCCGACUCAAAGGGGACGAGACAGGAAAUUGGACCGGUCCCGUUAAUUUCUUGGAUGAUGGAUCUCUGAAGCCGGCCAGAAAUGGAAGGAAAAGAUGUUUCCGUCAGAAUUUUCAGCCAGAUUCACAGAUCUCCGUAAUAGUCACACCCUGCCUAGCUGAUAUUAAGAAGAAAAAAAAAAGGUAUCUGGAAAACUACGAUGGCUCAUAUGAAUACAACUCCACUGCAUGCAGGGAGCUCAGACAGGAGAUUAUGGACGUCAAAGUCUUGACAAUGGUGAAAACCUCGGAUCUGUUUGAGAGAUGGCGAAACCUGCAGGUGUGUAGAUGGGAGCAGAACAAGGAGGAGAACAGCAACUUCAAGAUGUCUCUGUCUCGCUGCUGUAAUGCUCCUUCCUUUCUGUUCACCACCAAGAGGAACACUCCUGCAGGGACCAAACUGAGGUACGAGGUGGAUACCAGUGGUAUUCUUCCCAUCACCACUGAAGUCUUCAAGAUGUUCCCAGAUGAUAUGCCGUAUUCCAAAUCGCAGUACAAGAAAUGUGCUGUUAUUGGAAAUGGCGGCAUCAUCAAGAACACCAAAUGUGGAAAGGAAAUUGACUCAGCAGAUUUUGUGUUUAGGUGCAACAUACCACCCAUCAAUGAGAAGUACUCAGCUGAUGUUGGCACUAAAACAGAUCUGGUGACAAUAAAUCCGAGCAUUAUUACUGAGAGAUUUCAGAAGCUGGAGAAAUGGCGGCGACCCUUUUACGAGGUCCUCCAGAAUUACGAGAACUCCUCGGUGGUGCUUCCCGCCUUCUACAACACCCGCAACACCGAUGUAUCUUUCAGAGUCAAGUACAUGCUGGAUGACUUCGACUCCCAGCGAGGCGUGUUCUUCUUCCACCCGCAGUACCUGCUCAACGUGCAGAGGUUCUGGGCGGUGCAGGGCGUCCGGGCCAAGCGGGUCAGCAGCGGCCUGAUGCUCGUGACCGCCGCCUUAGAGAUGUGCGAGGAGGUCCACCUCUACGGUUUCUGGGCGUUUCCCAUGAACCCCUCGGGCAUCUUCAUCACCCACCAUUACUAUGACAACGUCAAGCCGCGGCCGGGCUUCCACGCCAUGCCCCACGAAAUUUUCAACUUCAUUCACAUGCAUACUCGUGGGAUCAUCAAUGUACACACGGGGCCGUGCACGUGAUCGCCCACUCCUCUGCUGUAUUGUGGUGUACCUUUUUAGUUUGUUUGUUUUAAACCAGGUUGUGUUUUAUUUUGGUCAGCGAGACACAAAAAAGAGAGUUGGCCUUCAGAGCGCACACUUGUCUGCUCUCACGUAUCCCACCACACAGUUUGAAGGUUGCUGGCUUUAACUGCCAACAUACUUUGUAUAAGUUGUUUAUGUAGCCAAUCAAAUCACUAUGGUUAUCUCCGACUCUGUAACCAGAGAAUGCUUGUUUUUAAUGUGAAAAGUGGUCUUCAUAGUGAUGUUGUUUCUGUGAAGUUUUUCUAGUGGCUCUGCUGUACGGAAGUGUUGUUUUCUACUCAACGUUGCACAGAUAUUUACGCUGAAAUGGGCCGCAGUGGGUGUCUUUGUGCCCCCUCAUUCCCCCUGUAUUCUCUCUUAAUGGGCACUCUGUGGGUGUGGCAGCUUUUAAUCUUUGUGUAAAACAAAACCUGGCCCUUAGUAUUGAGCUAAUAUUUGAAAACAGGUGGGAAAAAAAGAUAAAAUUCCAACAUCCAAUUGUCUACUUUUGUAAUCUAUUUCCUAUUGACCAGAUUCACUGGGUUAAUAUAUAUAUAUAUAUAU